GUUGCAUAAAAGGGCUAAAAAAAAUAGGCUCAAAUGUUGUUACACAAAUAUACACAAUCUGGACUAAAGUAGAAAUCAGUAGUAAAGGUGGGAAAUAAUUAAAAUCACACAAAAGGAGGUAUAAAGACAAUUUACUCUGUUAGCUCCUGGAUUUGUAAUACCUACUUUUGGUGAUGUAGUCGUAUACUUCUUCUAUAAAAACUACGGUGGCCGAGAGGUGCAAACCAAAUUUACAAAAUGUAAAACACUUUUACAAAGUUUAAGACAAAUUUACAGUUUGGAAAACAUUUUUACAUAUCACAAAACAAAAUUACAAGUUCUGAAACAAAUUUACAUUUCAGAAAACAAUUUAACAAGACGCAAAACACUUUUACAAUCUCCGACACAAAUUUACAAGUGGGGAAACACUUGUGCAAGUUCCGAAACAAAUUAACAAAUGAAAAUCAACCGGAAAGGGAAUGUCCCAACUCCGGGGUUGAACCGUAAGUGAUAGCGAAGACCGGCCAAUACGAGUUAUUGUUGUUGUUGAAGUUGAUGGAGUUUAUCGUGACCCAAGAUGGACAGCGAGCGGGUGAUGUUCUGCCCAUUUUGUGGGGAGCACAUGAGCCGCUUAACGCGGUUUUGUUUUUCGUGUGGUCGGUCUUUGGAGUUUUUAAGUGGGGCAGGCCAGACCGACAGACCAGAUAUGCUGCAGCAGUGUGUAAGAUAUUUUAAUGAGGGACACUCGUACGCUGUAAUCGUGGAUCUGAUGUCAUGUUUACACGGUGUUCACAUCAGCUUGAGGUCUCUGAAAAGCAAACUGAAUGAAGCCGGUUUAUAUCGCAGAAAGGAUUACUCCAAUACAAACGCCAUAAUAAGGGCCAUCCGACUGGAACUUCGUGGACCUGGACAGCUGUUUGGCUACCGCAUGAUGUGGCAGGUACUUAAACAAAAAUACAAUCUGCGAGUGAAGAGGGAUCAAGUGAUGAAUUUGCUCCGGGAAUUACAUCCUCGAGGUUGUGAGAGGAGAGCACGCAGAAGGUUUGUCAGAAGAACCUACCACUCCAUGGGACCGAACUACAUGUGGCACGCGGAUGGUUAUGAUAAACUUAAGCCAUUCGGUUUGGCUAUUUCAGGCUGUAUCGACGGAUUUUCACGUAAAGUAAUGUGGCUUGCAUGCGGACCGACAAAUAAUGACCCAAGUGUGAUCGCUCACCACUUUCUGUCAUGUGUGCCAAACCUUGGUGUCACUCCCAUGAGACUGAGGACUGAUUGCGGCACGGAGAACGGGACCAUGGCCGCAAUUCAGUGCACCCUACGCCACCACCACAGUGACUACUUCUCUGGAGCAUCCAGCCACAUGUAUGGCUCAUCCACAAACAACCAGAGGAUUGAGUCCUGGUGGUCCAUCUUCAGAAAGGGAAGGUCUCAGUUCUGGAUGGAGCUAUUUGCAGACCUAAGAGAUGCUGGAUACUUCAAUGGGAGUCGUGAGCACCAGUGUCUACUGAGAUAUUGCUUUGGUGAUGUUAUCCAGAAGGACUUGGAUGAGUGUGUGAGAUUGUGGAACAGUCACAGGAUUCGCCCCUCAAGAACAGCAUCAUGUCCAGGAGGUGUGCCCAAUGAGCUCUACUACUUACCACACAGGUUUGGCUCCAGAGACUGUGGAUUUAAAAUUGAACAAGCUGAACUGGAUGCCUUUCCCGAGACUCACCUGACAAGAGCUCCAUGUGGGGACGCCAGCAUGCAGGAGUAUUUGGACUUGGCCAUGGAGAACGGUUAUUUACAGAAGCCAGAGUAUUGGCAGUCUGCAACUGAACUGUAUCUAAGACUGAAAGAAAUUGCUGAGCUAUGAAUGGAAGAGACAUUUAUUGUA